AUGGCUGGUAUUCACAAAAUUGCUGACAUCAAUCCUACAAUUGACAAUUUGUGUGUACGUAUACGAGUAAUACGGUUAUGGACACUACCAAGUUAUGGAAAUUCUCCAUUGCCAUACUCAAUUGAGAUGGUUUGGCUCGAUGAAGACAAUGUUAUUUGUGUUGUCUUGGCUACUAUAACUCAUAUUAUGGAUACUCCAGACUGGUGGUACGACCAAUGUGAAUGCAACACAUCCAUAUAUACUUUUACAAAAACUUUCAAAUGUUCAAGUUGUGGCCGUCUCCCUUUAUCCAUAACUCCAAGGUACCGAAUAAAGCUUGGUGUCAUUGAUGAUUCUGACUGUGCAUGUUUUAAAGGAGAUUUAUUGGAUACACCUACACUUUUGCUCAACCUAAUUGAUAAGACAUUUCUCUUCAUCGUUGAAGUUCAAAUAUCUGAUAAUCCACAUUUUUCAUCUUCUUAUAAAGUUAAGAAGAUGACUGAUAAUGUGGACCUUAUAAAUAAAUUCAAAGAGGCUCACCCUAUUCAAAUUGAUGUUGACUACACCGGUGGUUUGCUUCCAAUUUCAAAGACAUCCUCAAUCAUUGAAGGGGAGAAAGUAGAAGGUGCUAAGAAUUUAUUGCUUGAAUUCUCCAAUGAAGUUGCGGCCAGUGAUGAAUCCGAAUUGUUGGAAAAUGCUAUUACACCAACUAAGCGAUUAUCCUCGGAGUCGGAAGAAUCGAAGGUGGAAGAAGAUACCUCAACUUGCAAGAAGAUUAAGAUUGAGAAAGAAACUUGA